AUGGACAAGAGCGACGAGGUAUACAAUUGGCUCGUUGAACAUCUUCAUGACUGCAUGAAGAAGGCUCAGAGUUCUAAAACCACCAAGAGACGGGUGUCUCCGGUAAGUCUAGAGCUGACACGUCAGUGUAGAGCUGGACGAGCAGCAGGCAACCAGGAAGCUCGCAACGCCUUGCAGAGAGGCGAUAAAAGAACACCUCAAAGAGAGAAAAGCAGAAGUGUUGGCUGA